AUGAGAAAUCUAGUUUUGUUUGUGGCCGUUGUAGCCUGCGCUCAUGCCGCAUUGAUCACUCCGAGAGAGAAGAAUCCAUUCAAGUUGGUCAUGGGGCAACAGGGAAAUCCGAGUGGAUUGUCAUCAAAGGAUCUUCAUGAGAUUUGUGACAAGUGUCUCAACUUUUUCCAGAAAGUGAAGGAGAGUAUUGGAGAUUAUGGAAAAUUGACCAAGGAAAAAUUGACCAAAGCCCUUGAUGUAAGUCUCAUAACUGUUUUUUUUUAAAACCAAAAAUUGGUUUUUUUAAAAAGACAGAUCCGUAACAUUACUUAUUGGUCAUAAUUCAAAAAGAAACUCCAAAAUGCUUUUCUUGAAUAGUUUUGGAAAUAUUUCACCCAAAAAAUCAAAAAAGAGCUUUCUGUCAUCCGCAGGAUUCGAACCUGCGCCCUCCGAAGAGGACUGCGACCUGAACGCAGCGCCUUAGACCACUCGGCCAGAAUGACACGUUCUUCCGUUCAUCCUUUCAUAGUAAAAACAGAGCGGCAGUGCGAAAAAAAUUUUGAAAAUAGCAUAAUAAAACAUUUUUUUGGCUUUCAAACCCUUUUUAAGCUAAAAUUUAUUAGAUGGAAGAAUACUAGAACUUGCAAGCAACACCCUGAGGUGUUUUUCGUAUUUUUCCUAAAAAAUUUUAAUCAAAAAAAAGUUUUCUGUCAUCCGCAGGAUUCGAACCUGCGCCCUCCGAAGAGGACUGCGACCUGAACGCAGCGCCUUAGACCACUCGGCCAGAAUGACACGCUCUCUCCAUCGCAAAAGCUCCUUUCGGAACAAGCGCUUUUUGGUUUUUUGAGCUUAUCACGUCUAUAUUUGUCUUAUCAGUGCUGCCCGAAAACAAGAAAAAAAAAUUAAUUUAUGAUUUCAUCAUUUUUACCAGUAAUCAACGAUCGUUAUAAAACAAGAAGACAAUUUUAGGAUGUGUGCAAGAAACUGCCAGAAGACUUCCCAGGAAAACACGAGCUCUGCGAUCUGUGGACACCAAAACUGGUGGAGUACAUCUACAACUACUACAAAGACCUUGAAGAGAGCAUUGACCCAAAGAAGUCCUGCCAACUGGUCUUCCUUUGCCCACGACACCCCAAAACUACAACUGCAUCGCCUGAGGUUCCGACCGGCCCAAAUGCGUAA